GGAUCUUUUUAACAUAACUGUAUAUUAAUUAGUUUUAAUAGUCUAAAAUCAAAAAAAAAUUUAUAAAGUAUAUGAAAAAAUAUUAAAUGGAUGAAAGUUUAAUCUUUGAAGAAGACGGUGAACAAAUAAAAGCAGCUUCUGUGGAGAAACUCAUAAACCAUUGUUUAAAGUGUUUUGAGCAACAGACGUUAGUUAAUUCAAAUGAUGCAAAGUUUGUAAAAGUAUUUUUUAUCACUUAUCAUUGGUACAUCACUUCGGAAGAUCUUCUCAGCAGUUUUAUUGAUAGAGCGAAACAGUCAAAGUAUGAUUUGCAUGUUCUAUCACAAGUCUAUUAUACUGUUAAAUAUUGGAUUGUUAACUAUGGAUCUGAUUUUGAAAACAAAGAAACUAUGUUAUUAAUAUUGGAUGAAUUGAAUGGUAUUGUUCAAGAAAAACUAAAAAAUGGAACAAUUUUUACAUUAAAUAUUGAAGAAUGGCUUGCAAAGCGUGCAAAAAGUGUAAAUACUGGAUCGCUUUCAAGAAAGCAGUCUUUAAAUUUCAAUGACGUGUCAAGUACUGAUUUUGCCAAUCACCUUCAUUAUCUCAUUUUUAAAGGAUUUAGAAAAAUAUCUAUUGAGGAAUGUAAGCGCUAUGGUAAAUCAGCAUCUGCAUUAGAAUGUCCGAAUCUCCGUGAUCAAAUUUCUUUGUUUAAUGACAUAUCAAAAUACGUUAUAGCAAUGGUUUUAAGUCAUAAUACCCCAGAACUUAGAGCAAAAUCCAUACAUAAGUUUAUAGAAAUGACAAAGCAACUUCUAAAGCUAAAUGAUUUUAACACAGUAAUGGCUGUUGUUGGAGGAUUGGGGCAUAGUGCUCUUUUGCGACUUAACAAAACAAAAGAAUUUUUAUCUCCUGAAGAUAAAUUGUUUAUUAAAGAGACCCAAGAAAUUUUAUCAUCAGACCAAAACUAUGCAAAAUAUCGAAGCAUGGCAGAUCAAGUUCAAGGAUUUACUAUCCCUGUACUAGGCGUUGUCAUGAAAGACCUUAUUGCUAUGGAAACAGCUGUUGGAGACUUUAUAAAGGAAGGAGAAUUAAUGCUCAUAAAUUUUCGGAAAAUGAUACAACUUUCUUCAAUCCUUGAGCAAUUACUAAAAAGUAAAAAAAUGCAACCUGAAGUGACUCCUGUAAAUCAUCUUCUUCAUGUCAUCAGGGUUUCAUUGAGAUCUCGAUACACAGAAGAUGAUCUUUAUGACAUGUCUAUACAGAGAGAACCUAGAGAGAAUAAAGCUAGUGUAUCAAAAAGUCCUUCUUCAUCAUCUUCACUUUUGUUUUCUGAUUGGGCUAAAGGUUCUAUAGACGAGCCACCUAAUAGAGAUACAGUUGAAAAGCAUGUGAGAGCUAUGGUCAAUGCUGUUUUCAAUACAUAUGAUGUGGAUAAAAAUGGUUUUAUAAAUGAAGAGGAGUUUGAUGCUUUAGCCACAAACUUUCCUUUUCUUGACAAAUUUGCAGUGUUGGAUGUUGACUGUGAUGGUAAUAUCAGUCGCCAGGAGAUGCUAAAUUACUUUAUGAAUGUCAAUUCUCAACAAAUGACAAAAGAGUUUGUGCAUGAUUUUCAAGAACAUGGUUUUUAUUCCCCACACUACUGUUUUUACUGUACAGGAUUUUUAUGGGGAAUAGGCAAAUCUGGCUUUCGUUGCAAAAUCUGUCAUAUAACCUGUCAUAAAGAAUGUAAAAGUCAUGUAGUUUUAGAGUGCAAACCUGUCAGACAAAGUCAAAAUUUUAAAGGUGGAUUUGAUUCUCCUGAUGCUAAGAUCAGAUUUAAAACAUUGCCAUUUAAAAAAAGGCUUAAAGAUGAAUGGAGAGGUUCAUUUGAUUCUCAAAGUCUGUAUACAGAAUCAGAGUAUGCGUCCAGUGAUGUUAGUGACGUGAAUGGCAAUGGAAGUCCGACUAUACGAAGACACGAUAUGACACGAGACAGAUUGUUAAAACUCGAAUUGGAAAAAAAUGCUCUUGUUAAAGAAAAUAAUAGUUUAAAAGCGAAGUUAAUGAGCGCUGAGGAGACAAUCAGUGAUUUACAAGCGCAAUUAAAUAAAAUACGUCAGCGGUCUAGUGUUAUAGAACAAUUUGCUAAACAAAACAUUUGUAAAACUGAAACUGAAGUUUGAAAAUCUUAAAGAGUUCUUUUAAGAGUAAGCGACUGAAGAAAAAUUGCCCGAUUGUAAAUAUUUUACAAGAAGGAAUUGUAACCCCCACACAUUAAAGGUGUUAAUGAAAAGCAUGGCAACAGAGUUAUUCGUCAUUAACGAAAUGAGUGCAAGCGUUCUUAAGAACUUUGUUCUUUUAUGAAAAAUUAACCAAAUUGUUGAACUCAAAAUUGACGUUAAAAGCUCGAUGCUAUUUAUUUGUGAUAAUUUUUAUUUAUUGACGGUAAACAGUGACGAAUUUACACGUCGCUACAAUGAUGCUGAAAUGAUUAAUUUAAUAUUUAUAUAUUAUUAGUUUUUAUAUUAUUAUUGUUGUUUUUUUAUGUUUUUAUAAAAUUGUCUUAUGCAGUCACAAUUAUAAAUUUAACGCUUUUGGAUAGUUUAACGCACUUUUUUUUAAGAACAUUGCGAAUUUCGAUUUGAAAGUUGACUUUAAAGACAUUUUGAAAUAUUAUCAAGGGCCUUUUGAGAAUUUGAGUUUACUAUUAAAUCCUUUAUUUUUCGGUUGUAGACUUUUUAAAAUUUUUAAAUGCCACUAAAUAUAAGAAACUACAUUAUGAAGUAUUACUGUUUAGAAAUAUAUCACAUAAAUGUCUUUGCUUUAUGUAGAUAAGAUUUGGCUUUUAUAAAAUGCUUUAGGGAAAUGCAUCAUCUUGAGAAUGGAUUUCCCUAAAGAAAAACUAUAUAAUUUUUUUUCUCAAACCGUGUGUUUGAGAUGUUUUUACACCGAAAUCAUCAUCUCCAAUGAGGAUGCUUGAAGUUGCCUCAAAGCACUUUUUUAAUUUAAUUUAAACAGUUUACUAACCCUUGUUAGUUAAUUGAUUUUUACAUCUUAGAAUUAGAAUUAAUGUGUGAAAAUAAUAGAUAGAGCGUCGAAUGAGAAUUAUAAAGUUUAACUUGUGAUAUUUCGUUAAAAUGAUUUACUGCUGUUAUUUUUUAUGAUUAUAUACGCCGUAAACCUUAUUUAUGUUUCACGGUUAAACUUAUAAUAUUAUUUUUAUAAUUUUUAA